AUGUCGUCUGCAGCAGAGACUAUGGAAAAUGCCUCCAUCAUUUCAGACAGUGGGGCCCAUGACGGAAACCGCUUAUGGAUCGGCAACAUUGAUCCUAAAAUAACUGAGUAUCACUUGGUGAAGCUCUUAGAAAAGUUUGGUCAUGUGAAACAGUUCGACUUCCUGUUCCAUAAAUCUGGUCCGUUAGAGGGGCAACCACGAGGCUACUGCUUUGUCAAUUUCAACACCAAAGAGGAGGCUGAAAGAGCCAUCCAGUGCUUAAAUGGCAAGCUGGCGCUGUCCAAGAAGCUAGUUGUGCGUUGGGCGCACGCACAGGUAAGGAGGUUUGAAGGUUUCCGUAACGACAAGACCAUGCCUUCCAGCUUAGAACCGUCGAGCAGCGGCGUCGGAGCCGACGGAGCCUUGAUGACAAACCACCUCAGUACCAGUGCUAAGAUCCGUGCCAUCGAGGCCAAGCUGCAGAUGAUGGAGGCGAAUCCAGACGAGGAGUACUCGGGCCCGUCCGCCUACGUUUAUAACAAGCCGCCAGAGAGGAAGCGCUGGGAGCCCUACUCUAAAUCACACAGCAGGCCCUUUCGAAGGUUUAGGAGAUGA